AUGUCGAGCGAAACACCGACCGCGCAACCCCCUCGUCCUUCCGACCGCCUUUCCCUCCUACCCCUCGAGCUCCGCCAGCAAGUCAUCGGCUGUCUCGAUCGAUGCUCGGCGCUGACGCUCGCCCGUGUCGCUCGUCGCUUUACUGCACCCGCGCGAGAUCAGCUUUGGCGGCAUCUGGACCUCUCCAUCGCCAGCAAGACUAAGCAAUACGGCGACGCUUCCUCACCUCCGGCCGGACAGCCUAUCAGACAAUCCGAUCAGGCGUCGUCGUCAUCUUCGCGUACUACGAAAAAUUUCGCGAACGGUCUACGCCCGGAACAGGCGAAGCUGGACCGAGAAAGACAGCGCAAGGAGCGCGAGGAGAUGCCGUGCAUAGGGGAUGCUAUCCGACAGGCUGGCCACCGGGAGCUAUCGAUGGUGGAGACGAUCCGGGCAGUGGACGGUCUGGGAACGAUCUACGCCCUGCUGGAGCCGUUAUUGCCUUGGGUGCCUAACCUCAAACGGCUCUCACUGGAUGCAAAAACAUCAGGGGAAGACAGGUAUUGCGACUCACGACUCGGCCGGGUCGAAGGCAAGCGCGUACCGACUCGGCCGAGUCAUGCUCAAGCUCAAGAGACGGAUCCACUUCCCCUUUCUAGAGCCAUCGAGAUCGGUCAAGGCACUAUCGAGCAUCUGGAAUUCGUCGCGCUCCUUAUGGAAUCGGCGCCAACACUGGCCACGCUCGACAUCACGUUUGACAUGGGCACUGCGGACCGGUCCCAUACCUCGGACUCUCCCUUCCUCAUCACCGGGGUUCCAAACAGUCUGCGGAGCAUUCGGAUCAGCAGCACCUAUUUCGGAAUGACCUUGGCGCGUCACCUAUCGCCACUACUGAAGAACAGCCUUUCCCUGCGGCAGCUUAUGAUAGUCACCCCCGCGUCCCUCGUCGACACCACCCCUCUCGACAAUGUCCUCGACUGCAUUCAGGACCUCAAUUGUCUCCAAGAUAUUCAGAUACCGGGCAUACCGACUCUUAAUGCGCUCUACCGAUCGGACGAAGACUGCCGCGAUCACCUUCGGUUUCGGUCGUUCCCGAUGGUGCGUGUUUUGGUUCUGAAGCCGAGCUGUUCCGAUAUUAUGUUCAAGCUCUGGCCGGAAAGCUCCAAUCCCGAGAUCCUCAGCCUUGACUCCUCAGCGCACGAAGCCCUUCACUACGCCUCACACAUUAUCAAUCACAAGGUUUCAUCAUCCUCCGCCUCGAACACCUCCACACUCCCCCACUGCAUCCGAUCCGAGUUAGCGCUACAGAUCCGCGGUACCCCUCGUUUGCGCAGUAUCCAGCUUGCGAAGGACGACCCCAUUGUUCUCGGUCCGGAGCUUUUCAAUCAGCUGCGAACCUUCCAAGCCCGGGACGAAUGUACCUUCCGUAUCCGCUCGUACAAGCACGCUGGCCAAGAGCUCCUCCACAUCCGCCUUCGGACUCAAUGGCAUCAGCUCUCCGACGUCGCGGUGACAGAUCAUCCCAACAUCCGUGCAACGACUUGGCGUACUCUGCGCUAUAGGCAAAAGGCGGAUCAAGCUCCUCGAGCGGCGCCCGGAGUAUACGCUCGUCAACCUGACGGAUUUCGACGGUGUGGCAGUACCGAUGGAGGUGAUGGGAGCGAUGAGAGAGAUGGAGGGCGUCAGCGAGGCGGUGUGGGACAGCAGGGGAGUGGAAGUCGGCGCGGCGACUUGGGCAGUAUUGACGAGGUGGGCGCGGAUAAAGGAGGACAAGGGGAAGAGUGGAGAUCAGGAGCUGAGCGCUUGGGAAGCAUAGUAGCCAGCAGAUGGCUCACUUGA